UGAGACCAGUUUAUGAGAUAUCUAUUGCCAAAUUAUCCAUCUCUCAAAUUCUUGAAACUAUGUGGUGGUCAAAUAGAAUCUUUCUCACUUUCAUUACUAUAUCUCUAUUGUUAGGACAAUCAUGCUGUGAAACAGAUACUCUGCUCCAGGGGCAGUACUUGAAAGAUGGGCAGGAGCUAGUUUCAGCUUUCAAUAUCUUCAGGCUCAAGUUCUUCAACAUGAAGAAUUCAAGGAACUAUUAUCUUGGAAUCUGGUACGACAAUUUGUAUCUUAACGACAACAGCAACUAUGAUGCUUCCCUGGACAGACCUGUCUGGAUAGCCAACCGUGACAAUCCACUCCCAGGACGCUCUGGAAGCCUCGCAGUUGACUCACUCGGAAGAUUGAAGAUCUUAACAGGAGCAUCAAGUCUUCUUGAGCUAAGCUCUACAGAAGCCACAGGAAACACAACCCUGAAGCUCUUGGACUCAGGUAACCUCCAGCUCCAAGAGAUGGCUUCAGAUGGAUCGGUGAAGCAGAUUUUGUGGCAAAGUUUUGAUUAUCCGACGGAUACACUUCUUCCUGGGAUGAAAAUAGGUUUCAACGUAAAGACCGGGAAGAGAUGGGAGCUAACAUCAUGGCUAGGUGAUGAUCUACCUGCGUCUGGAUCUUUUGUCUUUGGGAUGGAUCUUAAUAUUACAAACCGUUUGACCAUCUUGUGGCGUGGAAAAACGUACUGGGGAAGUGGGCUCUGGUUUAAGGGUCGAUUCUCCUUGGAGAAACUGAACCAGAACGGUUUCUUCUUCUCCUUUGUUUCCACCGAGAAUGAAGAAUAUUUUAUGUAUUCAGCUAAUGAGAGGUAUGGUGGAACAACAUUUCCUCGGUUAGUGAUAAAUGAAGAGGGAACUUUGCAGUUUAACUGGAUUAAUGGAAGUCUAGAUCAUGUCAAGUGCUCUCCCUUUGUUUUUGGUGAAGAUUAUCUUGAAGUUGGUUGUUACCGUAAACAUUCCAGCGUUUGUUUGCGUGCAAGUUACGUAUUCCUGGAGCCUGUAUCCGAGUUUUGGGACUGUCUACAGUCGUCGUCUAGUUACUAUUUCACGGAGAUGACAUCAAGGAAGAGAUUUUGCUCAAGCUUUGGUUAUACAUUCAGAGAUGCAAUAUCUUCUGUAUCAGGAAAUGGAUUUGUACUUAAUGAGACUGGUGGGAAGUUAAGUUCAUACGAUUGCUAUGUUAAAUGUCUCCAAAACUGUUCUUGUAUUGCUUAUGCUUCAACCCGUAUGGAUGGUACGGGCUGCCAAAUUUGGAGCACUAACCCUACCAUUGAUGGCAACAUGACGUCUUCUCAUAGUCCAGUAACUAUACAUAUUCGUGUAAAAGGAGUUAAGAGAGUCCAAGAGAUGGAAAAGGCAGCAACUUGGCUAGUUGUUGUGGUAUCAGUGUUCCUAUUGAUACCAGUGACUUGGUUUAUCAUCUUUCUUGUUUUGAGGAAAUUUAAAAUAAAAUUAACUGUCUUAUUUCGCAGUAUGUUCAACUUUUUAUGGAGAAAAGUCAUUCCACAAAUCACUGGUUACAUACGGAGUAGCCUUCAAACAGUGAGGGUUGGUUCAACAAUAGACCAAGAAAUGCUACUACGUGAACUGGGAAUUGAUAGGAGAGGCCGGCACAGGAGAAGUGCAAGGAAGAAUGACAACGAGCUUCAGAUUUUUAGCUUUGAAAGUGUAGCCUUGGCAACAGAUUACUUCUCAGAUGCAAACAAGCUCGGUGAAGGAGGUUUUGGUCCUGUAUAUAAGGGGAGGUUAAUACAUUGGGAAGAAGUGGCUAUCAAGAGACUAUCUAUUGCAUCAGGGCAAGGAUUAGUGGAGUUCAAGAACGAAGCUAUGCUUAUUGCAAAACUCCAACACACAAAUCUUGUGAAGUUGAUAGGUUGCUGCAUUGAGAAGGAUGAGAAAAUGUUGAUUUAUGAAUACAUGCCCAACAAGAGCCUUGACUACUUCCUAUUUGACCCUUUGAGGAAAAAUGUUCUAGACUGGACGCUGCGGUUCAGGAUCAUGGAAGGGAUAAUUCAAGGGCUGUUGUACCUUCACAAGUACUCAAGAUUGAAAGUGAUACACAGAGACAUCAAAGCCAGCAACAUCUUGCUGGACGAAGAUAUGAAUCCCAAAAUAUCUGAUUUUGGUAUGGCUAGGAUAUUUGGAGCACAAGAAUCCAGAGCCAACACCAGAAGAGUUGCUGGCACAUUUGGCUAUAUGUCUCCAGAGUACUUCAGAGAAGGACUAUUCUCAGCUAAGUCAGAUGUGUUCAGCUUUGGGGUUCUGAUGCUUGAAAUCAUUUGUGGAAGGAAGAACAAUAGCUUCCACCAUGACUCAGAAGGGCCACUGAAUCUCAUAGUUCAUGCGUGGAAUCUGUUUAAAGAGAACAGAAUUAGCGAGGUGAUAGAUCAGUCUUUGGGAGAUUCUGCACUUGACAGCCCUCAAGUGUUGAGGUGUGUUCAAGUUGCUCUUUUGUGUGUACAAGAAACCGCGGAGGAUAGACCAAGUAUGUUAGAUGUUGUGUCCAUGAUAUAUGGAAAUAAUGCUCUUUCUUUGCCUAAAGAGCCAGCUUUCUAUGAUGGUCCCCGGAAAACCUCGCCAGAGAUGGAGAUUGAGGUACCGGAGCCAGGAAAUGGAUCCGAUAAUAGGGUUACUAUCACGGUGAUGGAAGCAAGGUGAGCGGCUGGUGGAAUGAAAAUGAAACUGAUAGUGUCCGAGUCUCAUUGUUGAGACUGAUCAAACAGUUCGUUUGUACUGGUUCAGACCACAAAUAAAAAACAGAGUUAAGUGCGUCGUUUUUUUAUAUGUUGGCAAAGACAAUGCAGACAGUAAGCACA